ACCAUUCAGAUAGAUUUCUUGACUGCCCGGAAGAAAAAGGAGGAAACUCAAAUGUGUGUUUAAAACUGAAACAGAAAACGGGAAACGCUUACAUUGGCAAUCUGAAACCGCCGACAAAUUAACCAAAUGGGUGACUCUCGGUCUUCAGACGCAAACCUCGACUUUGUGAUCAGGAAUAUAGAACGCUAGAUACAAGAGUGGUUAUUUUUUUGGUAAUCCAAUUUGGGGGAAGUACAACAUUUUUUUUUCUCUAUUGGGCGGCGUCCCUUUGACAUUUUAAAAAUAAAACAAUGAGUAUAUUUAUUUUACUCUGUUGUUUUAUCUUUUGUGUUACCAGAGGUACGGAUGUUAUUAAUGGGAAUUAUACACAUAAUAACAGCAGGACAACGUUGACAGAUCAGAGCGGGCGAAGGUAUCUCCAAAUAGGAGACGGGACGUCAGUUGAAUUUGAAUUUCCAGAGAAUACCAAGGGGGUCAUCGUGAUUUCCAGCCACUACGGGCACAGGACAGACAGAGAGAACUGGAAGCAGACGGUGAAUGUAAAAUCCCUGGACACAGCUGUUUUGACCAUUUUAAACGUAAGUGACAGUGGGAAUUUUGGACUGGAGAAAAGUUACGUUGUCAGUAUUAGAUCUGGUCUGGCGGGGACGGCCCCCCUGUUAAUCCAGCUUUUGGAUUUGAGCAAGGAGCCGAAUCCGGCGAUUUUAGAAGAGAGGAACGACUAUGUUAUCAAAGUAUCGCCGAAUGAUGACGCUGUGUUACUGAAACCGAGUGGGCUGUCCCAUUUCUCUGAAAACCCUGUGCUUUUCGCCCUCUUGCCUUUGAUAUUCAUCAACAAAUGUGCUUUUGGAUGUAAAGUGGAAAUUGACGUUCUACGUGGUUUGUUGAAACAGCCGCACCCAGUAUUGAUGGGGAUAGUGGGGCAGUUUGUGGUCAUGCCUUUGUACGCUUAUGCCCUGUCCAGGAUUGCUUAUCUUCCUAAAGCCCUGUCUCUGGGGCUGAUUAUUACCUGUUCGGCGCCGGGAGGUGGGGGCGGGUACCUGUACAGCCUCCUCCUGGGUGGCGAUGUGACCCUUGCCAUAUCAAUGACCCUCAUCUCCACUGUAGUCGCCACUGGCAUGAUGCCACUCACCUCCACCAUCUACGGUCGCCUCCUCGAUGUACACGAGACCCUUCAUGUGCCAUUUGUGAAAAUCCUUGUCACCCUGCUGUUCAUUGCUGUUCCUAUUUCUACCGGCAUGCUCAUAAAGUACAAGUUCCCCAGCGUCUCCCGGGUUCUCCUUACCCUCAUACGGCCAUUCAGCUUCAUCCUUAUCGUAGGAGGUAUUUUCAUGGCUUAUCAAAUGGGAGCUUCUAUACUUGCCAAUGUCAAACCGCAGAUAAUAGUGGUCGGGGUCACGGUGCCACUUUUUGGCCUGUUUUUGGGCUACCUCAUGGCAGCUGCUUUGAGACUGACAGUGCCUCAUCGCAAGACAGUCAGCAUUGAGAUUGGGGUUCAGAACAGCCUCCUGGCCCUCGCCGUCAUGCAGCUGUCUUUCCGCCGGGUGGAGGCAGACUUUGCAUCGCAAGCGCCCUUUAUAGUGGCUCUCAGCAGCACCUCAGAAAUGCUGCUUAUAGUGAUCAUUAACGUCGUCUACAAAAAACUCAGACCGACCACCCAGACAGAAGUGUGAUUAUACGAUUUUUAUUUUAUUUUUCGUACACCGAAAAGUCUUGACCAAAUGCCUUUUUUUUCAUUUCACGCUGUGCACUAUUGUAUGAGAGAAGUUGAAAUAUUUUUAUAUCAAACAUGUUUUAUUUUAUAAUUGAAAUUUAAAAUGAUAUGUGUGUGUGUGUGUGUGUGUGUGUGCUGUAAUUUAUAUAAUGUUUACAGACUACAAGGGGGUAGUGAGGGUAAAAUUAACCACUGUUUGGCUAUAAAUAAUAUAUCCAUGUAUUUGAAUUAAAAAAAAGUGCAUUAAUACCUGGAUGAAUCUGGCUAGAAACAAUGAGAUUAUUUGAAGAACAUUGGUACCUAAUUUAAAAAGGCUGAUAAAAUCAAACUGACAGUGUUAAAUUAAAAUACCUUUCAGUUUGCCCAUUUUAAACAAUUUGAUUUCCUUAUUUGAGAAUUUGUGUAUAUUGCAGGUGCCUGCCUGGCAUAUUUGUUAAUUUUACAGAGAAAAUAGCUUUAUAAUGGAAAAAAAAAGAAUAAAGAUUUCUUAAAUAUAUUGCCAAUGUCUGCGUGUUUUUCAAACUAGUAUGUGGAUGGGAAGGGUUGGAAAAUGCUGCUUUUAAUGUAUGUUGACAAUGGAACCAUUCUUCAAGUAGUUUCGUAUUAAAUGGUUAAUGUACUUUAACCUGCAAGGCCACCUAGGACCCAUGACAGUAGUCCUAGAUUUUUUGUUGCUAAUCAUUUACAAUAGAUACUUGACAAAUUUGAUCGCUUUGGGUAAAAGAUACAGUACUGCACUGCAAAGUUGCUGAGUGAUUUAGAAGCACACUUCAUACUGUUGCUACAAUGAUUUAUUUAAAUGCAUCAAGGUAUGUAGGGUUGUUUAUGAUAUUCUGUGUAUACAGCGCUCCCUUGUUAUACAACCACACCACUUUGUAGCAGUCAUUUUCUGCAUUUUACUCUUAUUGGUAAUGAGUAUCUUGCUGGUGGAGAAGUGACAGAGACCUUGUGUACAUUUACUUGGCUGGUUGCAUUGGCAGAUGGUAGACAACAAGGGUGGUGGUAUAACAAAAUGGGAAACUCACAGAGCCUGACUUUUUGCGGCCUUGCUUUUAAGAUGCAUUAAAAUUAUGCAUUUAAACAAAACAAAAUACAAAAAAAACCCCAAAAAACAAGCAACUUGAGAUUGUGGGGCAAAGUACACUUUUAUAUCACAUCAGUCACUAUCCUUGUUAAAGACACAGGCAAUGAUGAUUGGGGGGGGGGGGGAGUGAUUGACACUAGGCAAGUGCUCCCAUUGUCAGCAUGGACUUCAUCAUUGUGCCUGCAGGCUUCUGAUUUCCAUUUAGCCACGUAGCAUUUUUCCAGGUCUAAAGCUGAGAUAGCAGCUGUUGUCUGUGGGUGGAAAACUUAUAAUCCUGAAGCACAAAACAGGUUUAGAGCUUGUUCCAACAGAUGACUAGGAAGCUGAUCUUAUAUUUAUUCCAGCGGUGGGUGCUCUAUGUCAACAGUGAUGGUAUCAGCAGUCAAAAGGUGUUGCAAGCCAGUACCAAGGCUUAAUAAGAAAGCUGUUUGUAUAAGUGACACAGGGUUUGAUGAAUCCUAUAGAAAAACAAAUGACAAAUUGAUUUGUAUGUCGGACAAAGGCAGCAAUUGUAGCACUGGGCUGGUAUUUAGCUUCACAGUGACAUUGUUUUCAAGUGAGCAUAUUUGGUUUGAAACGACUUGUCUGUUCUACAAAUUAGUCUUUGGAAAUAGUCUGCUUCAGCCAGCUUCCAGAAUGGUGUUGUUUGAGUGUUUCAGGCAAGGGGGAGGGAUAAGCUUAUGACGCAUUGGGAAAGCUGUCUCUCUAUCCUCAGCUCAGACAUAUCAGUAUGUGUGAAGGAGGCUGGGGAUUAUUAUAAAGCAGUGUUUUUUCUCCACUCAAGUUGCUUGAACCAGAUUAACCUUACCGCCAGAGUCCAGGGAUUCCUUGUACAGUGUUGACGUUUCCAGCACACUCACUUACCAGUGAGAUCAAUGUGUGCUUUAAUACUCCAGACAUUCACCAUACACUAGAAAAUAAAACCCAACUCAUCAAAUAUACAAAUCUAUAUCAUGUAUUCACACAUCAGACUUAAUGCACACAUUACACUGUGUAACAAAUU